GGUGGGUGGAGCUAAGGUUUGUUUCGCUUUUUGGCGGUUUUGUUGAAGAAGAGAGAGCCGCGCGACAACCAGGUGCAAGGCUAGUGGAUAGUUUACACGACUCAUCAGCUAGCUGCUAGGUUUAGUUAAACGGUGGGCGAUAUUUGGAGAAAACAGCUGGCUCGCCCGGACCUCAACAGAUCGUAGUGACACCUGAGAUUGGGUCAAGAUGCCAGGCAGGGUCGGGAAUGCGGACCUCUACAUUGGGAUGGUGAGAAAGAGAAAGUCGCUGCCUCGAGACAGCAAAGGGUUUGAGCCGAUAGAAGCCUAUCUGAGAGAGGUUGAGGAGGAUUUGAACAAGAACAGCAGUGAGGGGGAGAGUGGGGAGGAGACAGAUAUGGAAGAGGAGAAGAGGAAGGAAGAGGAGGCGAGGGAGUUGAAGAUACGGGAAAGGGAGAGAAGGGUGAGGGAGAGGAAGGAGAGGGAGAGGCAAGCUAGAGAAGAGAGGGAGAGAAAGGCCGAGGAGGAGAGGGAGAGGAAGGAGAGAGAAAGAAAAGCAGAAGAGGACAUGGAGAGGAAAGAAGAAGAGAGAGGGACUGGACAAAGGACAGGAGCCACUACAGAUGAGGUGCAAGAGGAGAGCGAGUCAGACAGAGAGGAGAAGAGAGCAGGAGAAGCCAAGAAACUGAAGAAGACGGGAAGAAAAGGCAAUCGGAGAUCGCUGAGACAGAGAGGGCUAUCUGUCAGCGACACCGAGGAGAGCAGUGCCACUGACAGUGAGGAGAGUAACAUGUGUGGACCGGUGACGAGUCGAGCCGAGGUUGAGUCUAAACUGUUACCAGCUGAAAGUGGGGCAGACGGAGAAGGUGAAGGGGGAGGAGGAGGUGGGGAAAUGGAGAAGAGCUCAACGACACUGAAAGAAGGUACUGAGUCAACCGUGUCAUCGGAAUCGGCAGCUGAACAGGAAGGAGACAGGGAGAAAGAGGGAGAGGGAGGAGAGACUCGUGUUGGUAGUGGGGGUGAAGAGGCAAGUGGAGAUGGAAGAGUGGCCGGUCCGACUAUCUUCUCGCCAGAAGACACUCCCACUUCUCCCACCAGAGACACCAUGAAACUUGGCCCAGUCAGGUUGACAUUCAGUGUUAGUCCCAGUGAUGAUGAACGACAGACAGGAAGAAGUGGCGACAAAGUUCUAACUGCUCAGAAACAGAUUACAUCACAACGAACUCUGACCUUACCCACUAACGAACCAGUUAACCCCGACCCUCCUGAAUUUUCAGAGAGAGAGUCUGGGACCGAUGAAGCGAGGACGGAGGCGAGUGGUCGAUUUCUGCUCUCCCAAAACACCACCAACAUGUCGUUUAACCCCAAGAAGACCAGCACACAGGUCCGCUGGGGGUGCCAAACAAGGGGUGUGGUCAAGGAGAGGGCAUCAGCAGCAGCUCGGCGAAGGAGACGUACCUUGGCUCGCGACCCCGACAGCGAAGAAGAAGAAGCAGAGGAGGAAGAGGAGGACCCUGAACUGAUGACACUGCUGGAACCAAGUGCCCGGGUGUCUCGACUGGUGGGGCUGAGUCAGUUGGGGAGACACUCGAGCAAGAAGACCACCGGAGCAAGAGAAAGCAGCCGUGGGAGUGAGAGAGACACGACAGACGAUGAAGCAACAACAGCUAUAGUCAGAGGAGAUUCUCGAGGGACGACUGUCUCGGAGCCAAAGAGGAAAUCAGCCAUCAGACCUCCCACUACUAGAACAAAGACCUCUGCUGCGACAUCGUUGUUGAAGAAAGACGGCCAAAUCCUCGCGUAAGUCGGUGGCAUUUAACCCCCACACCACUAACCUGGGAUCGCCCGAGGAGUUACCUCCCGUGGCAGGUAGGCGGGGCAGAUCUCCCGAGUCUGACGGCAGUGGGGGCGGGA